UCGAAUUGAAUUUGAUCAGGAUUUUUUUGUCACUGUUCUCGGAAAUUUUGUUGAUGCUUAUUUGUUGUGUGUGUGUGAAGUGUUAAUAGUGUUGUGCCUUUGAAUAUUGCUUCACUUGUGUUCCAAUUUUACUACAAAAAAAAUACCUGUUGCUAAUUAUCGUCGUUUUUAUCAAUCAACCAAUCAAUCAAUUGAUUUUCUCUGAUUGAUAAUUAUUAUUAUGAUCAAUAUUUAUUUGGCCAUUCAAAAUGGCCAUAACAACAAUUAUCAUCCACACAAUAAUGGUGGAAUAAAGAAUUUAUUCCGGAAAAUUUCUCUAUUUUCCAUAAUAUUUCUAUUGAUUUGCAAUCCAAUUAUCGAUUGCAGUAAUCAAUGGAAUAAUGAUGUUAGUAAUGGUAACAACAGUAGUAGUAGUAACAGUAAUGAAUAUUCAAUUACAAAUUUUUUACCAUCAUUUUCAACAUUAUUAUUUUGGCGACAACCAGAAUCAUCAUUGAAAAUUAAUAAUCAAAAACAAUCUGUUCAACAACAACAACAACAACCAAUUGUUACAAGAGAAAUUCAUCAACAACUACCUGCUAUGAGUGCCGCUUUGGUUGAUGAUGAUCGUCAUUCAUCAAAUAACGAUCAAGAUUUGAUCAUUAAUACAUCACCAUCACCGCCAUCAACAAUGAUUGUAACCAAUUCAAAUCGUAAUCGUUAUUGUCAUAGCUGUUCAAAUGGUGAUUAUAUGUAUCAAGAUAAUGAUGAAGAAUACCGACAACGUAUUGAAUUUAUAAAAGUACAAAUUCUAAAUAAACUUGGUCUAAAAGAACCACCAAAAUUCGCUAAUCAACCUGAUAUUGAUCUAAUCAAUAUGUAUAUGCGAAUUGUUGGCCAAACACAAUCAACAAAACGUAAUGCUGAUAAUUAUAAUGAACAAGAUGAUGAUGAUGAUGAACAACAAAAACAAAUUGAAAACCCCAUUAAUCGAAAAAAUAUUGAUCAAAAUACACAGAUUAUAUACAUUUUACCAAAACAUUAUCAAUAUUAUCAUUUAAAAUCACCAAUAUUUGAUUUAACAUCAAUUAAUCAACAACAACAACAACAACAAUCAAAUGAUAAUUUAAUGUUUAUAAAAUCGAUUAUAAUUUUAGUUAAAUAUAGUAAUUUUGAUUUGAAUACAAAUACAAAUAAUAUUACAAUUGAUCAAUCGUUGUUAGAUUUAACAAUAUCAUCUGUAUCUGGUUUGAUUGAAUUAAAACGUAAUGCUGUCAUUAAUUCCAAUGAUAAUAAUGGUAAUCGUAAUGGUAAUGAUGAAAUUUUUGAUUUGAUCAGCAUUGUUUCACCAACAUCUCGUAUAGCAAAAACAACAACAACUAUUGAACAACAACAACAACAACAACAAAAUGAAGAAUCAACCACAUACGAAUAUGAUGUGACCAAUUUAUUGUUGAACAACAACAACAACAACAACAACAAUGUUGUUGAUAGUGGUGAUAGUGAUGAUAAUAAUCGUAUUCGAAUGUCAUUGUUAUACGACAUGAUACGAAUUUACAAUGAAAAUUUUGAUAUAAAAAGCUCAUUUAUUAAAGUUGAAAUGACCAAUGUCAACAAUAAUAAGGCACAACGAGUAAAACGUAGUGUUGAUUGUACAGAUAAAAUAUCAUUCUGUUGUCGACAACCAUUUUAUGUUAAUUUCACUACAAUCGGAUGGAACAAUUGGAUUCUACAUCCACUUGGAUAUAAUGGAAACUAUUGUAAAGGACAAUGUGAUUUAAGCCAUGCACGUUAUCAUCAUACAACCGUUAUGGGAAAAUAUCCAGUAAUAAAACUAUGCUGUUCACCACGAGAAAUGUCAUCGAUUUCAUUAAUCUAUAUGGAUAAUGAUUAUAAUAUUUAUCAGAAAAAUUUACCAAAUAUGGUUGUUGAAUCAUGUGAUUGUGCCUGAACGGAUCGAAUAUUUCCAUCUGAAGACAACAACAACAAUCGGCAAUAGACAAUGAUCAAUGGAAAAAAAAACAUCUUAUAUUAUGAUAUAACCCACCAGAAUUUUAAUUUUUUUUAAACUUUUUUUUAAAAAAGAAAAU